GCUGUGGCCGUGGCAGUGGCCGUGGGCGUGCGCGCUGGGAAAGAGGGAGGAGGAGGCGGCGGCGGCUGCCGGGCCGGGCCGGGGGGGAGGGUGCAACGAUGGCGUCCGCGGGCCAGGGCCAGGGCUCCGAACGGGGGUCGGGGUCCGAACGGGGGUCCGGUCGUGCCAGAGGGCGGCCCAGGGCCCGAGCCCGGCGCUGGCGGCGGAUACUCUACUGGAUCCCCGUGCUCUUCAUCGGCCUCCUGCUCGGCUGGUCCUACUACGCCUACGCUGGACAGCUCUGCGUGGUGUCAAUGGAAAAUAUUGGCGAACAAGUUGUAUGUCUCAUAGUAUAUCACUUGCUGUUUGCGAUGUUUGUCUGGUCUUACUGGAAAACCAUCUUCACAAUGCCGAUGAAUCCUUCAAAAGAAUUCCAUCUGUCCUACGCAGAGAAAGAGCUGCUAGAACGAGAGCCUCGAGGCGAGACCCAUCAGGAAAUCCUUAAGCGAGCAGCCAAAGAUCUUCCUAUCUACACGAGAACCAUGUCUGGAGCAAUCCGAUAUUGUGACAGAUGCCAGCUCAUAAAGCCCGACCGAUGUCAUCACUGUUCCGUUUGUGAUAAAUGUAUUUUGAAAAUGGACCACCACUGUCCUUGGGUGAACAAUUGUGUCGGAUUCUCAAAUUACAAAUUUUUCCUCCUUUUCUUGGCUUAUUCCCUUCUCUACUGCCUGUUUAUCGCUGCAACUGAUUUACAGUAUUUUAUCAAGUUCUGGACAAAUGGCCUUCCUGAUACCCAAGCCAAGUUUCACAUUAUGUUCUUAUUCUUUGCGGCCGCCAUGUUCUCUGUCAGCUUGUCUUCUCUUUUUGGAUACCACUGUUGGCUGGUUAGCAAAAACAAGUCUACAUUAGAGGCUUUCAGAAGUCCUGUUUUUCGCCACGGAACAGACAAGAAUGGCUUCAGCCUGGGGUUCAGCAAAAACCUGCGCCAGGUGUUUGGGGAUGAGAAAAAGUAUUGGCCAUUGCCUGUGUUCUCCAGCCUUGGAGAUGGGUGCUCCUUCCCCACUUGCCUCGUGAACCAAGAUCUGGAGCAGCAAUCCACUCCAGUCGGACUGACCCCAGCUGUCAAAAACCUCGAAGGACACCAGUUUCCUUCAAAACCAUUAAGGGAGUCCCAGAGUCACCUUCUUACUGACCCUCAUUCUUGGGCAGAUAGCAGCACAAAUUCUGACAAGGGAAAAGUAGGUAUGAGCAAUCCUGGGCUGACCAUAGAAAAUGAGACCUAGAGACUCUUCAAACAAAGUUUGAGGUCACGGUGCUGUGAUCAUCAGAGGAAACUCUUCAACAAGGAAGGACAUCCCACGAGUGACCUGUUUAUUCCAUUUACUCCUUGGGUAGACCUACUCAGACAGAAGAGCAGAGAUGAUUCCUUCUCUGCACCAUUGCUUGAAACAUAACAGAACUGCAGAAAUUUUUGUAAAAUGUAAAGAAUGUUUCAACUAACACAGAUCCCUGCUGAAUGCUAAGAAGUCAGUGGUAGGUUAUGAUCCGAGGGGGAAGAAAGCUUUCCUUCCCUCCUUGUGAAUCUUGGAGGACAGAAUUCACAAUGGAGAGAAUUUUAACACCAGGGGUUCAGAGAGCACAAGUUAUUAUCUACCAAGCUAAUUUGGUCAAUUGAUUUUCAAAUUCAAAACACUUUCAUGCCAGGCCAUCACUUGAAGUCAGAAUCUCUCAAAUCUGUCUUUUGGUAUCUGCCUUAGGGAAGUAGGAUGUCACCAUGAAGCCUGAGGAUCUGGGCUUCUCCUAUUCCAGCUCAGCCUUUUGUUACCAAGUGUGACCCGCUUAUGGGCCUCUGGUUCCUUAUCUGCAAACUGAGUCCUCAUCUGUUCUAGCUGGAGUCUGAAGUUCUUUCAGACUCAUAGUUGUGCUGGGUAGAGGGAACAGACCAGACCCAUAGAGGAGUAUCCUCAGAUGGUGAGAACAAUACUUCCAAUUUCUGAGAAAGCCUGAUAAAGCAGACUCUCCCUCAUUAGUUAUUUCUAUUCCAUCUUCCAAAGGGCAUGUCUGAAUGGGGAGACCGGAGCUUAUACUGUGGACAAAGACAACUAAUGUCUGGAGCCAUCAUGAUGUGGUCUUUGUCACAUCAGCAUGAGAAUUAAUUUCUCCCAUUUUCAGUCUUCCUAAAAUUGAUAGAAAACAGCCCCAUGAUGUCAUAAACUUCAAGAGGCCAGAUGGAAGUCACCAAUUGAACCUGUUUCUGAAUUCUCUCUAACCUGUCUCUCCAGGUAGUACUGAAACCAGAAAAAUGGUUGCACUUCCACCAGACUUUCUCUUGGGCUAAGAAAAAGGGUAUUGACACCCUCUUCUGUUGUAGCAAAAUGGUGGUGGUGAGGCAAUCAAUGUCUAUCCUCAAGCAUGAUGUUGCAUAAUGGAGUUAUGCAGAAAACCCUAUUUCUGGUCCAAGACUGGGUUCAAAAUAAACUGAAAUGGUAUUUGUAUGAAGUAAUGUGGAAAUGUUCUGCCCCACCGAGAAACCCUUGUGCCUUUGUAUGCACUAACUAUAGCCAGAAUAUUAAUUAGCGUGAUCUAUUUUGAGAGAUAAGCCCACAAAUUUUAUACAAGUGUUAGGAUUUUACAAUGAUAGUUUUUAUUGCACUGACCCCAGAAGUUUAGUGUAGGCAGCCUGUUAAAAGACCUGAAGUCCAAUUAGCAAGGAAAUGAUGACAUCCUGGAGUUCUCACCCCAUUUGCUUAGACCAAGACACAAAGCCCUCCAUAGAAAACCAGGCGAGGCUUGGGGAAAGUGAGCUCCACAAAGGGCCCUUUUGGCUUUAUUCCUGCUGAACGAGAGAGCCUGAUUCUUUAUUCAAGCAGGGUGAGUUGAGAGAAGACAUCAGAAUCUCUCUCUUUUACCAAAGCCCAUUUUGCAGCCUUGCCUCAAGGUCUAGAGGGAGAAUUCUGGGGAGAGAGAGAGAAGAAUAUUUUCUCUUCCAUGUUCCUUUUGAGAAAUAAUGAUGAUUUUGAUCUGAUGUACCCAGAUCAUCUCUGUGAAAUCUUUUCUCAGCAGAUGUUACAUCUUCAUUUUUAUUUUGGUGUAAAGAGUUUUUGGUUGUUGUUGUUGUUGUUUUUUUUUUUUUUUCCUACAAUGAAUUCCAGUUAUAACUGAGAUCUCACCCACUUAGCACUUGCUGUCUGUUACCGAGCUGAGUUCUGUAAGGGUCCCACACGGGUGGGUGUGAUGGGUUGGGAAUGCUGUAUUGCAAUGCCCACAAAUGCACCUGUUUGUUCUGACAAGAUUCAGUCGGGUGGUCACUCAGUGGCAGUUUUUGGAAGAAUAUGGUCCUUGUCAAAGGGGAUGAUUGCUUUCUCCCCACCUGACCCUUUUGCUGUCCUAUUGGGUUUCUCAAGUAUUUUACAUAAUUACUCAAUGCAGUUUAUUAUCAACAGAUACAUUAAUAAAAGGAGACUUUAUCAAGUUGA